GCCUGAACAUAAAACUACCCCGCGAACGGCGAUAGUGUUUCAAUCAAACACCAUCAAUUCAUCGUAUCAACCAUGGCUUCCGACAGAGAUAUCCUCCCCUCGCACGUAAAGCCAACCCACUACGGGCUCGACCUCACGAACCUCGACCGCUCGAGCUUCACCUACGACGGAACGGUCACGAUCUCGCUCGAGCUGAAGCAAGCCACGCGCACGAUCUCGAUCAACUCGAAGCAGCUGACACUGCACUCUGGCAGCGUGUACCUCGACAGCAGCAAGUCCACCGUCGCCGUCACCGACAUCAGCUAUGACAAGAAGACGGAGAUAGCACAGCUCACGCUGGCGGAGGAGAUCCCGAACGAGGGGACCGCAUCCUUCACCAUCAAGUUCUCCGGCGCACUGAACCACGAGAUGGCCGGCUUCUACCGCAGCGCGUACAAGAACGGUGGAAAGGACGACUGGAUGUACUCGACGCAGUUCGAGUCGUGCGAUGCGCGCAGGGCGUUCCCCUGCUUCGACGAGCCGAACCUCAAGGCAACGUUUGACUUCUCGAUCGAAAUCCCCGAGAGCUACACCGCUCUGUCGAACCAGCCCGAGAAGGAGAGUAAGGACCUGGGCAAUGGACUGAAGAAGGUCACGUUCGUCACCGCGCCGAAGAUGAGCACGUACCUCUAUGCCUGGGCGUGCGGCGAGUUUGAGUAUGUCGAGUCGUUCACCGAGAGGGAGUAUGAAGGCCGCGGGAAGCUGCCCGUCAGGGUUUACACCACCAAGGGGCUCGCCGAGCAGGGCCGCUUCGCCCUCGAGAACGCCUGCAAGAUUGUCGAUUACUUCUCGGAGAUCUUCAAAAUCGACUAUCCCCUCCCAAAGGUCGACCUGUUGGCUGUUCAUGAAUUUUCACACGGUGCUAUGGAAAAUUGGGGUCUGAUCACAUACAGAACGACCGCUGUUCUGUUCGACGAGAAGACCUCGGAUGCUCGCUACAAGACGAGGGUUGCCUACGUCGUGGCGCACGAGCUAGCCCACCAGUGGUUCGGAAACCUGGUGACGAUGGACUGGUGGUCGGAGCUGUGGCUGAACGAGGGAUUCGCAACCUGGGUCGGAUGGUUGGCUACCGACAAAUUUCACCCAGAAUGGGACGUGUGGGGCCAGUUUGUCACUGAAUCCCUUCAAACAGCGUUCCAGCUCGACGGCUUGCGUGGAAGCCACCCGAUCGAGGUCGAGGUGCGCAGUGCGCUCGAGAUUGAUCAGAUCUUCGAUCAUAUCAGUUAUCUCAAGGGCUGCAGCACUAUUCGUAUGCUCAGUAGUCACCUCGGUGUGGAGACGUUCUUGAACGGCGUUUCCAACUACCUCAAGAAGCACGCCUAUGGAAACGCUACUACCGAAGAUCUCUGGACAGCUCUGGGAGAGGAGGCAGGUGCCGACGUGGCUGGGUUCAUGCGCAACUGGAUCAAGACGAUUGGAUUCCCCGUGCUCACCGUGACCGAAGCGCCCGGACAGAUCACGGUCAAGCAGAGCCGGUUCCUGAGCACCGGCGACGUCAAGCCGGAGGAAGACAGCACCACCUGGUGGAUCCCGCUCUUCCUGAACGAUGAAGCGUACACCUCUUCGGCCGAAAAGGUAGCCGCGCUCACAGCCAAAGAAUCCACCAUCAAGAACCUCAACACAUCGCACUACAAGCUCAACCACGGCCAGAACGGCUUCUACCGCGUCAACUACCCCUCCUCGCGGCUGACCCAGCUCGGCGCGGACCGGCACACGCUCUCCGUCUCCGACCGCGUUGGGCUCAUCGCCGACGCCGCAGCAAUGGCCUUCUCCGGCGCGGGCAGCACCGCAGGGCUACUCAGCUUCCUGCACGCUUUGUCGGACGAGCAGUCCUACCAAGUGUGGUCCGAGAUCCUCUCACAGCUCAACAAGCUACGCAGCCUAUUCGCCGAGUCCUCCCCCCGUAUCCGCGACGGCCUCACACAAUUCACCCUAUCGCUGAUCUCUCCGACCGUCGCCAAACUGGGCUGGGAGUUCAGCGCAGGCGAGGACUUCCUGACGGGGCGCCUGCGGGCCCUGCUCCUCUCCACGGCGGGCACAUGCGGACACGCCGCCGUCAUAGCCGAAGCGCAGCGGCGCUUCGCCGCCUACACCUCGGGCGACACAUCCUUGGUGCACCCGUCCCUUCGCCUCGCAAUCUUCCGGACCGCGGUGGGCACCGGCGGCGCCGUCGCCGUCACUGCAGUGCUGGCGGAGUACGCGCGCACUGCGGCCAUCGACGGACAGGAGAUCUGUCUCUCCUCCCUCGGGCGCGUGCGGGAACCGGCGCUGAUCCGCCAAGUCCUCGAGUUCACGCUGUCGGACAAAGUCAAGGUGCAGGACAAGCACACGCCCGCGAUCGCGCUGUCGAACAACUCUGAGGCGCGCGGGGCGCUGUGGCGGUUCAUACAAGAGAACUGGGACGAGGUGUAUAAGCAGCUCAGCGGGAAUAUGGUCGUCCUGGACAGGUUUCUGAAGAACUCGCUGAAUAAGUUUGCGAACCGAGAGGUGUUAAGCGAGAUCGAGGAGUUCUUUAGAAAGAAGGAUAAUACUGGAUAUGAUAAGGGCUUGGGCGUCGUGAAGGAUAAUAUUAGGGGGAAUGCGGCGUAUGUCGAGAGGGAUGCGCGCGAGGUUGAGAAGUGGCUUGGAGAGCACGGGUACUAGAUACCUAGAUAGACGGGCUGGAUGGGCUGGAGGGAACGGGGGGAACGGGGAGAGAACGGGAUUGUAUGGUACAUGUGAGAACCGUACUGUAUCAGAACCGUAUCUACUAUACAAGAACCAUACUAUGAGAACCGGACUGGACAGGAUUGUGAGAACUAGACUGUACUUUACUCUGUGAGAACUAGACAAUGAGAACUGGACUAUCAGAACUGAA